CCUCUUUGGCUCAACAGGUCACGUUUGCCCCAUCAGACACUAACGCAGUCUGAUCGCGCCUCCCAGAUGGCCGCGUUCAAGUUCGCAGCCUUGCUGCUGGUCGCAUGCCCGGCCACCGCGCAUGCCGCCUCCUUGCGGUCGAACACGAGGGCGGCCGCAAAUCCAGUGCGCAGGGUUGUCUCGAUGCUGCAGUCGAUGCAGAAGAAGGUUGAGGCGGAAGGCGACAAGGAGGAAGAGAUGUACAAGAGAUUCUCAUGCUACUGCAAGACGGGGGCCACCGAUCUGUCGGCAAGCAUCUCCGCUGCGGGCACGAAAAGCACACAGCUUGGCUCCGACGUGAAGGCAGCGGAGGAGCAGCUCGCCCAGGUGAAGCAGGGGCUGGGGGAUGCGCAGACGGAGCGUGCUGAAGCCAAGACGGCCGUCGCCAAGGCGACCUCGAUCCGGGGGAAGGAGGCCGCCGGGUUCGCGGCAACAAAGGCAGAGCUCGAGAGCUACAUCUCCGCCAUCAAGCAGGCAGUCGCCGCGCUGACCAAGGGAAUGGCGGGUGGAUUCCUACAAACUACCUCGGCGAGCUUGUUGCGCAAGAUCGUCCUGACCAAGGGCGACGCCAUCCAGGACGAAGACCGCGAGGCGCUCCUUUCAUUCCUGUCUGGGAAGGACAGCUCGUCGUACGUGCCCCAGAGCGGGGAGGUGACAGGGAUUCUGAAGGAAAUGGGCGACAGUUUCUCGAAGAGCCUUUCAGACGCCUCUGACACGGAGGCCAACGCAAUCAAGGAGUUCGAGGCUCUGGUCGCCGCAAAGGCCAAAGAGAUCGACGCACUUACAAUGUCCAUCGAGGCCAAGACCUCGAAGAGCGGGUCGCUGGGCGUGACCAUCGUCCAGAUGAGGAAUGAUAUGAGCGAUUCGGAAAUUGCGCUGCUCGAGGAUCAGAAGCUCCUCCAAGAGUUGGAAUCGGGCUGCUCUACGAAGGACAAGGAAUACGAGGAACGCGUGAAGACGCGUCACGACGAGCUCGCCGCCCUCACCGAGACCAUCAAGAUUCUGAAUGAUGACGAUGCGCUUGACCUCGGAGAAAACACUCCCAGCGCCCAGUGCGAGCUUGAUGCAGGUCGCGACCACGACCACCAGCCAACGCGCGCGCGCCGCGGCCUUGAUCCAGCAUGCGCUGGUGAAGAGCGAGGCGGACCACGCCCGCCUCGGCUUCCUGGUGCUGGCUCUCCGGGGCAAGAAGGUCGGGUUCGAGACUGUGAUCAAAAUGAUCGACGACAUGGUCGUGCUGCUGAAGAGAGAGCAGGCCGAUGA